AUGGAGUUGUACGGCGAACAUGAAAUUGCUCUAGCUUCCAACUGGUAUUGCAAUACUCAACCAUUGCAAGACGACACAGACAAAAUCACUGAUUUUUCGCGAUUUGAGGGUUUCCCUGAGUUUGAUUGGGAAACUGAGGUAUCAUGCCAAAGCAAUCACCUUUACGUCAAUGAGUUCAAGGAUCUUGAAAUUUUCAACUUCCAUUUCAACCUCCCACUCUUUCAUGAAAAUUUUGAGGUUAACAACCAAAACCCCCUCAAUGUUGUCUUUCCUGUAUUGGAACAAUGCAGUGAGAAAGAUGAGAGUAUUGGCGAGUGUAGUUUUGCUGAAUCUUCCGUGAAAACCGGAAAUGCGUUUUCGAGGUUUGUGAAGAAAGAGGAGGAAUAUGAGUAUCAAGAAGAGAGUCGAUUGCCAUUGUCAAGUGGUAGUACUAGUUUGAGUAGGAACAAGAAGUUUUCUUUGCAAUAUGAUGAGAUUAAGAAGCAUUUUGAUGUUCCUAUAACACUAGCUGCUAAGAGAUUGAACAUUGGUGUGACCCUAUUAAAGAAGAGGUGCAGAGAGCUCAAUAUCACAAGGUGGCCUCACAGAAAGUUGAAGAGCUUGAUGUUACUCAUGGACAACCUUAAGGAAAUGGGAUUGGACGACGAGGUUGCUAAGUUGGAGAAGCAGAAAAAAUUGUUGGAAAAAAUUCCGGGUAUGGAAUUGAAUGAAGAAACCAAGAAACUGAGGCAGGUUUGUUUCAAAAAUUGCUACAAGAAGAGAAGAUUACUUACCUACCAUUGUUGA